AUGGUAGAUUGGGUGCGGAGCGUUGGCAAGGAAAAUGGUUUUGUGAUUGUUAUAAGUAACUCUGCUAGUAUAAAGGGCAACAAAAUGCCAAAGUGCAUUCUUAUUUGUGAAAGGGGAGGAUUGUAUAGACCUCCAUUAGAAGGGCAUUCAAUGCAAAGGAUUACUGGAACUAAGAAAUGUGAUUGCCCGUUUAAGCUGCGAGGUGUACCACAACCUCCAAACGGUGUCAUGUGGAGUUUGAAGGUUGUUAAAGGUUUUCAUAACCAUGAACCAGCGGAAGGUUUUGAGGGACAUGAGUACCCGUCAAGGUUGACCCCAAUCCAGCAGCAAUUAGUUCGUGACAUGUCUAGCAGCACCGCGCCUCGAGAAAUUCUUAAUUUGCUGAGACAACAAGACUCGUCAAUUAGUACAGGAAUCAGAAGUAUUUACAAUGUGAAGGCACAGUAUAAGAAAGAGCAACUGGGGGAUCUAUCUCCUAUUGGGUACAUCUUGAAUGAAUUAAACGAGAAACAUUACAUUUACAAUUAUCUUACAAAUGAACACACCAACGAAAUCACAGAUAUUCUUUGGAUUCAUCCUACAAGCCUAGAGCUAUCUGUCAAUUUUCCGUCCGUGUUGAUUAUUGAUGCGACGUAUAAGAGUAAUGAGUAUCGAAUUCCACUCUUGGAAGUUGUGGGGGCAGUGUUGCCAUCGGUGAUUGUUUCAGAUAGGGAUCUGGCACUUCUUGGCGCCAUUGAAAUAUGUUUCCCCUUGGCACAGCACAUCCUUUGUAUUUGGCACAUAAACCAGUGUGUAAUGAAGAAGUGCAGCCCUAUGCUUGGUACGAGGUGGGACGAGUUUUCCGAGGCAUGGCAGUUGCUUAUUCAUUCAUCGACACCAAUGUCUUUGCAACAGAGGUGGAAUGCCAUGUGCGGAAACUUUGAACAAUACUCUAAUGCUAUACAAUACCUUUGGGAUAUAUGGUUGGGUCCUUACAAAGAGCGAUUUGUUGCAGCAUAUAUAAACCAGUUUAUGCACCUCGGGAGCAAUUCAAGCCAAAGGGCGGAAUCUGCGCAUGCGAGGCUUAAACGAUACUUGGGAGAUACCAUGUCCUCGCUUCAAACAUCUUUUCAGAAAAUAGAAAAGAUGUUGACCAGUCAGUUCAAGGAUAUUCAGGGGUCGUUCCAGAAAUCUCUCAACAUUCCAAGGCACAUACAUCUACAUGAAGGCAUUUAUAGUGAAAUCAGAGGUCGCAUUUCAUUACAGGCAAUGGACUUGAUCCAUAAACAGGCACAACGCACUGAUAACGAAGCCGGCCUUUGCUUUUGUAAAAUCAAAAGGACACACGGAUUGCCAUGCUUUCACGAUAUUGCACUUUACCGUUCUGUGGACAGACCAAUUCCGCUAAGCUCUAUCCACUCUCACUGGAGUACGUUGUCAAUGCACGCCCAGAGGCAUACUGACGAGGGAGCACGAUCCGACAGGGCAGCUCAGCUUAUUGAAAGAUUAAAUGAAAUGGAUUCCGACAGUCGAGAGUCUAUGAUGGACAAGUUUCUCGAUAUGGCGGAUCCAUCUUGUUGCACAGUUCGACCCCCAGCAUACAACACAGAACACAGGGGUCGACCUACAGGCAGAGAUGAGCAAAAUAGAGGUCACAUACCUUCCUUCACAGUAUCCACUUCAGAAUCUCGGACCUCACGUAUUCCAACAUCACGAAGGAGCAAUGGGAGGGAUCACCUCGUUGAGAAAUUUCCUCAGCAGUAUCGGCGUUAUAUUUCUCACUGUGUUGACGUUCGACCUGACGGUCAUUGUGGUUUCAGGGCGUUAGCUGCGCAACUCUAUGGUUCUGAAGAUGAAUGGGCUCAAGUACGACAUGACCUUAUCCAAGAGAUUGAACAAAAUUGGGUCCUGUACGAUCAGCUUUAUCCAGAACGUAAUUAUGUAUCUCAGGUGCUACAAAGACUUCGUUGCUUUCAGCCAUCGGCACCAGAGGAUCAUUGGAUGGAUUCUAUAUCAUUGGGACUCGUUAUCGCAUCAACGUACAAUGUUGUACUGCAUACAUUUGAUAUGAUUGCUUCGAGUUGUUUCACUCACUUGCCGUUGAGCUCACAUCCAGUUCCAUUAGCAGCUCGCACACAUAUAGCUAUUGGCCGUGUUAAUGGCAAUCACUUCGUGCAAAUUUUCCUAUAUCGUCAUUACCCUGCGACCGGAAUGGGGACCUCGGGGUGGCCGAUCCGGGACUGUUUUGAAGUCAAAACGGGCUGCAUUCGGGCUGUUUUGGAGCCGAAACAGGGCUGGUUUGGGGACUGGUUCCACGGCUAUUUUGAGACUGAAAUGGAGUUGGAAAUGCUGGUGUAA